CUUAGAAUUUACAGCCCAGGGAGGAAUCAUAAUGAUGAAUAUCCAAAUGUUCUUGUUAAGAGCUGUCAGGGUGUAGCAUUUCGGGGAAAAAAGCAACCAUGGGGUGCAUUAAAAGCAAAGAGGACAAAGGUCCAACUAUGAAAUAUAGAACUGAUAGCCCUCCAGAACCUGUUAGUUCCCACAUCAGCCAUUAUGGAUCAGAUUCUCUCCAACCAACACAGUCGCCUGCAAUAAAGGGACCAUCAGUUAACUUUAACAGUCAUUCCAUGACUCCAUUUGGAGGACCUUCGGGGAUGACCCCCUUUGGAGGAGCCUCUUCCUCGUUUUCAGCUGUGCCAAGUCCAUAUCCUAAUAGUUUAACAGGUGGUGUGACUGUUUUUGUGGCCUUAUAUGAUUAUGAAGCUAGAACUACAGAUGAUCUUUCGUUUAAGAAGGGUGAACGGUUCCAGAUAAUAAACAACACGGAAGGAGACUGGUGGGAAGCAAGAUCCAUUGCGACAGGAAAGACUGGCUACAUCCCGAGCAAUUAUGUAGCUCCUGCAGAUUCCAUUCAGGCAGAAGAAUGGUAUUUUGGUAAGAUGGGCAGAAAAGAUGCAGAGAGAUUACUUUUAAAUCCUGGGAACCAACGUGGUAUUUUCUUAGUACGAGAGAGUGAAACCACUAAAGGUGCUUAUUCCCUUUCUAUACGUGACUGGGAUGAGGUCAGAGGCGAUAAUGUGAAACACUACAAAAUCAGAAAACUUGACAGUGGUGGAUACUAUAUCACAACUAGAGCCCAAUUUGAGACUCUACAGAAGCUGGUUAAACACUAUACAGAACAUGCUGAUGGCCUGUGUCAUAAACUAACGACCGUGUGUCCAACUGUGAAACCCCAGACCCAGGGAUUAUCAAAAGAUGCCUGGGAAAUACCUAGAGAGUCUUUGCGGCUAGAAGUUAAGCUGGGCCAAGGAUGCUUUGGAGAAGUAUGGAUGGGAACUUGGAAUGGAACCACAAAAGUAGCAAUCAAAACACUAAAACCUGGUACAAUGAUGCCAGAAGCUUUCCUGCAGGAGGCUCAGAUCAUGAAGAAAUUACGACAUGAUAAACUUGUUCCGCUAUAUGCUGUUGUUUCUGAGGAGCCAAUCUUCAUAGUCACUGAAUUCAUGACAAAAGGUAGCUUACUAGACUUCCUUAAAGAAGGAGAAGGGAAAUGCUUAAAACUUCCACAGUUAGUUGACAUGGCUGCUCAGAUUGCUGAUGGCAUGGCGUACAUUGAAAGAAUGAACUACAUCCACAGAGACCUUCGGGCAGCUAACAUUCUUGUAGGAGACAAUCUUGUGUGUAAAAUUGCAGAUUUUGGUUUAGCAAGGUUAAUAGAAGACAAUGAGUACACUGCCAGACAAGGAGCCAAAUUUCCAAUUAAAUGGACAGCUCCUGAGGCAGCAUUAUAUGGUCGGUUUACAAUCAAAUCUGAUGUGUGGUCAUUUGGAAUUUUGCUGACAGAACUGGUAACAAAGGGUAGAGUGCCAUAUCCAGGGAUGGUGAAUCGUGAAGUUCUGGAACAAGUAGAACGUGGGUAUAGGAUGCCUUGCCCACAGGGCUGUCCAGAGUCGCUCCAUGAAUUAAUGAAACUGUGUUGGAAGAAGGACCCUGAUGAAAGACCAACAUUUGAAUAUAUUCAGUCUUUCUUGGAAGAUUACUUCACUGCUACAGAACCACAGUACCAACCUGGAGACAAUUUAUAAGCCAACAACCUACAUAACAUGCACAAAUCUGCCAAAUGUAAAGGACUUUCAGUGGGUUCCUCGCUUCUUUAAAGGAAUCAAAGGAAAGAAAAUCUUCACUCUGCAUGCUUUUAAUGGCAAACUGGAAUUCCAUACUACAGUUGCACAAAACCACUUUUAAACUGUUAUACCCUAAUUUACCAAUGAUGUGAUUUCCCCUCUCCCCCCCC